UACAGCACUUUGGAUACCCUUAUUGAGGAAAUGGAGGACCGCUUUUCCGAGAAUGACCUGUCCAUUUUCAAGUCCCUUGCAGACGUUCUCUCUUCUGAGAGCCCAUCAGAUGAAAGUGUUGCCGCUGUUUCCACCACGUAUAGUAUUGAUCAAGAAGAUCUGAACUCUGAAAUGAACUUGUUUUCCCGAAUGUUCAGAGAUGGCAUUGCUGAGAAGAGUAAUGAGGAAGAGGAGUGCACCCAGCUGGAAAAAAGACUGCGAUUCUUUCGUGAAAUGGCACUGCGUGACACUCUUCCAAAUCUGUCAAAACUCUACGUGCUUUACUUAACUAUCCCAGUGACUACAGCAUCGGCUGAGAGAAGCUUUUCUUCUUUGAGGCAACUGAAAACUUACCUGAGGACAACAAUGACAGAUGCUCGUGUUUCUAACCUGGCAAUAUUACAGAUUGAAAAAGGACACGCCGUUAACAUACUGGACGUUGUAACAAGGUUUGCAAGCAGAAAGGACCGACGCCUACAAUUCUUUUGACAUGUUUGAUCUCCAUGGCAGCGGAUCACACGCGCAAGAGUUCGGUUCAGUUCAGUCGGACUCCUCGCGCGUUUGAAUCAGAACCGAACUCUUCAAAAUGACUCGCGCGGUUCCGGAUUUACCAGAAAUAACAAGCGACAACUUUGAGGAGAGUUUCUCAUCUGAUCAGAUCUUCAUUCAGUUCUUCAAUGACUUUCUUCUGCUGCCGGUGUUUGCUGUUCCUGUGAGGUAUGAUUGGGUCUCUGCAGGCUUUGAGUUGGUGGAUCAGACAGCUCUCGAUGUGUCCCGUCGGAUCAGAACAUCUCUACAUGAAGUGCAGUCCAGAACACUCUCUGACCCAAGCUGGAUCCCAGCAGAUCCUGUAACAGACAACAGUUACACUGUCACUUGUCUGGACCGAGAUCAAACCAUCCAGUGGCUGAAGAGAGAGCGACUCGUGUUCUUUCUACAGAGUGACUGUUAUUUUGAGUACAGGUUGGCUACAUGUUUAUCUCAGCUCAGCGCUCAUCAUGUGACUGCAGACGCUUCUUUAUCCUGUCAUGUGUGCUGUGUUCGGUCUGGUCAGCAGAACGUGAACAGCAGCCGCCGCCACUCUCGAAACACUCCCUCACUGAAGACGUCCAAUCACAGCACAGCAAACGAUCUGACGGCAGUUCAGACAACCAAACACUGCCCAUCGCCUGUAACUCCAGCCCUGGAGACAGCAGGACGCAAUUGUCAUGCUGGUGUCCAUGACGACAGACAAAGAUUUCUGAACUUUAAGAGGUUUCUGGAAGGUGGACGGGGAGAGAAUGUUCUGCAUCUGUGGAUGGACAUCGAGAGACUGAAGACACACAACACAGAGACCAGCAAGAGCAGGUAUUUAGUGUGGAUGAGGAGUGAGUAUGUAGUCAGCACAAGUGCGGCGGCUCUGAGCGUGGAGUUGCUCUCUAGACUGGGUUUAAACAGCACCAUCUGCUGGCAGGAGGACACACUGCGCCACAUUCAACCUCAUCUGUUGGAGAUGCUGCUGCUGUACUGGGGUCAGCGCUUCAAAUUGUGUGUGUCUGAUCAGUGGUACACAUCUGAGCGUGGGCUCAGUUCUGUCUGCACUUACAGCACCACCUCCCUGCCAACAUACAUGCACUUGCCCGCUUGCGUCUGCACAGAACCCUGUCCCGCAUGCAUCUGCAGCAAUCUGAAGGUGGGCGGCCGUGCGCUACAGACUCUGUUGGAAGUUCUUCACACUGAAUCGAGAUCCGGAUUCUUUUUCACUCAUUUCUGUCAGAAUUCAGGAAACGAGUUGUGGGGAAAUGCUGUUCAUUUCUGCUCAGAACUGCAGCGGUUCCAUUCACUCUUCUACCAGAACAGAUUUGAUCCAUAUAGAGUGCAACACACUGCUCAGCUUCUGUACGUCUCGUAUGUGUGCAGUGGAGCUCAGAAGAGCCUUGGCUCGAGUGAGGAGAUCAUUAAAGGUGUUCUGGUGCGUUUGAAUCCAGCGUUUGAGGAUCUGUUUGAUGAGGUGGAGGAACAUGCGCUCACUCUCCUGCUGGAGCCCUGGACACUGUUAUCAAACACACAAUCACUGCGCUGGGUGGCGCUGUGGGAGGAAGUGCGUUAUGCUGAAACUGAACUCUUCAACACACUGCAGACUCUAUACACACAUAGAAGACAUCAGCAGGAGUGCAGAACUGCAGAACAGCAACUCAGACAUUCUGAUCUGUGGUCAAAGGUUCCAGCUCCGUUCAGAGGCUUUCAUCUCACUUCUCUGAUCCAGAACCAGUUUGAACUCCAGCAUUUCCGGUCAUUCCUGGAAGAGAAUUCAGCCAGUAUGCAUCUGCAGUGUUGGCUGGACAUCGAGCAGUUGAUGAAGACUACUCAGGAUGAUGAAGAUCUGAUAAAAAAAAGAAACACAAACAUCAAAGCUCAAUAUCUCACCAGCAACUUCCUGUUUGGAUCGAGUAGCCCUGCCAGUGAAGAGCAGCAGACAAGGCUGUUGCAGAUGUGUGGUGGUCAUCUGCAUCUUCAGCGCGAGUGUGUCUCUGUGUCCGUUCUCACUGAGCUUCAGUCUGUCGUUCAGGAUCGAUUAGAGUCUCAUUGGCUGCCGCUGUUUCUGUCCAAUUCAAAGUUCAUUACGCGUCACAAACCGCAGGUUCAUCUGUCAGACGGUGUGUGUGAGCAGUCUGUGGUCCGUCAGUACAGGAGGAGACGACAUCAUCAUCAGUGGAAGGCUGUUGUUGAUGUGAUGAGCUCGUGUCAGGAGUGUGUGUCCCUCCGCAGCGCUCUGUUGAAUCCCGUCACCCGUCUGCACUUCCAGAAGUUUGUGUGUGCUCGUGAUGAUCUGCUGGAGAAAGAUCUGCUCUUCUGGCUCGAGGUUCAGAGGUACAAGGAUCUGUGUCACUCUCACUGUGAUGAGCUGAUGAUUCAGAGGAAGAUCAACAUCAUCAUCAGCUGCUUCAUCUCAUCGUCUCUCCCCCCUGCACUGCAGAUCCACAUCCCACCUGACCUCGCCGAGCGAAUCACGAGCCAGUGGAGAGCACUCGGACCGUAUGUCUUCAGAGAGGCGCAGGUGUGUGUGUUAAAUGAGCUGCUCAAACACUGGCCGGAUUUCGUGGCGUUCCGUGCAGCUGUCGGUGAGCGGCAGAUUUUGCGUGUGCUGGAGGACAGACAGAGAGAGAGACAGAUGAUCAGACAGACAGAUGAGCAGGACGACAGCAGGUCUCAGGAGGAAGAGGAGGAGACACGAGCAGCGACUGAUGAAGAGCAGCAGCAGAACUGUGAUGAGAUGAGAGAGGUCACGUAUAAGAUCUGCUGGUCGUACUCCAAACACAUGGCGGCGUUAGAACAACAAAAAACCCAAAGCGACAGCCAAGAGGAAGUGACAUCAUCAUCAGAGACAGGUGAUCAUCAGCAGCGCUGCAGAAACACACGCUGGAGUCCCUUCAUGACCAAACACUGAAAGAAACUCACACAAAACAUGUGAUAUCAUAUUUUAUAGCUUUUUCAUUUUAAGCACUUCUUAUUAAACCACAGGAAAAUAAAAACA